AUGGCUGCUCCUCAAGUUCACCACCUCUUUCACGCUCCAAUUGCUGACCACUCCUUCUCAUCCGAUAGACAGACACUUGCUGUCGCUCGGGAGAACAAUGUGGAGCUGUACCAAUCAUCAGGCAACAAGUUCGCGCUGAGCGACGAGCUGAAGGGCCACGAGAAGACUGUGACGAGUGUUGAUAUCGCUCCUAACAGCGGUCGCAUUGUCACUUGCUCGCAGGACCGCAAUGCCUAUGUCUGGGAACAGACCCCUUCCGGCUGGAAGCCUACCCUGGUUCUCCUGCGCAUCAACCGUGCCGCUACAUUUGUUCGUUGGUCUCCCUCGGAGCAGAAAUUCGCCGUUGGCUCUGGAGCCCGCGUUAUCGCCGUCUGCUACUUUGAGGAGGAGAACGAUUGGUGGAUCUCGAAGCACUUGAAGAAGCCCAUCCGGAGUACCAUCACGACUCUUGCAUGGCACCCGAACUCGGUGCUGCUUGCUGCUGGUUCUACCGACUCCCACGCGCGCGUCUUCUCCAGCUUUAUCAAGGGUAUCGAUACCCGCCCGGAGCCCAGUGCCUGGGGCGAGCGCCUCCCCUUCAACACUAUCUGUGGUGAAUUCCUGAACGACUCCGCUGGCUGGAUUCAGGGUGUCAGCUUCUCUCCGAGUGGUAAUGCUCUUGCCUUCACCGGUCACGAUAGCAGUGUCACCGUCGUGUACCCGAGUGCGCCAGAGCAGCCCCCUCGUGCAAUGCUGAAUAUCUCUACCCGUCUCCUGCCUCUUAACAGCCUUAUCUGGAACGGCGAGAAUGAGAUUAUUGCCGCUGGUCAUGACUGUGAACCAUUCCGCUUCCGCGGCGACGAAAGUGGCUGGCAGUUGGCAGGAUCCCUCGAGAACAAGGAGGGCGAUGGCGCCGGCGGUGCUCGUGAGGAAUCGGCACUGAACAUGUUCCGCCAGAUGGAUCUCAAGGGCCAGGCGCAAUCGAACACCAAGCUCAAGUCCACCCACCAGAAUACCGUGAAUGCCGUCCGUGUCUUCCAGGAGUCGAACGGUCAGGUGUCGUCUUUCAGCACGAGCGGUGUCGAUGGCCGUGUUGUGAUCUGGUCUACCUGA